AUGGCAGGUCUUCAAGGGAAUCCCAAACUGCAAUUGAUUUCAGAGCUUCACAAUUUCGCUGCUGUCGGAGACAAGGUCAGGCUUACAGCGCUGCUCGGUCAUUUCCCAUCGCUUAUCAAUGAAACUGCUAAGAAUGGCUGGACAGCCUUGAUGUACGCUGCUAGAAAUGGGCACUUUGAGAUUGUGCAGGCUCUUCUUGAAAAGGGGUGUGAUAGGAAUGUGACUAAUAAAUCGAACCAAACUGCUCUGGAGAUUGCCAAAUUCUGGGGCUAUAAGAACAUCGCUAACUUACUAGCUAAUGUGAAGGAUGGGCUGGAGCCAUUUUUCCUAACCAGUGAAGCGAGAGAGCAUGAAAACUAUUUUUGCAGGACAUUUCUGGAUAGAAAGAGUGAGAAGAGGGUAGAUUCUAAGUGGCUCAACCUAAAACAGAAGCAGCCAACUUCUGUGUACAUUCUUUUUUCAAACUUAAGACCUUUGGCUGUAUCCAGUGGUGGUGAGGAUAGUUCCAGUUACCCAAGAGUCAAACUUCGGAAGCUUUGCUAUACGGAUAUAAAGGAAUACCUGGAGCAGACUGAAACCACUACUUUGAUCUUCCUCGGAGUAGAACUUGGAAUAGAACUUCAGGUGAAAGGCAGCUUUCCAAUUCUGAAUAGCAAAGGACCAGAUGAAGAUGUGGAUGAUGGGCUAGUUGCUUGGUUUGCUCUCAGCAUAGAUGCUACUGCUGCUGAGGAAUUCACACAGAAGCAUCAAGGCUGUUACUUUGUUCAUCCCCCAAUGCCUACACUGCUGCAGUUCUCUGAAAAUGAAGCUGGAAUUGUAGCCCAGGCAAGAUCUGUUCUAGCGUGGGAUAGCCGGUAUCAGUUCUGCCCAACGUGUGGUAGUGCAACUAAAUUAGAAGAUGGAGGAUACAAGAAAGCAUGCCUCAAAGAAGACUGCCCUAGCCAUGAAGGAGUUCACAACACAUGCUACCCAAGAGUUGAUCCUGUAGUGAUAAUGCAAGUGAUUCACCCAGAUGGUAACCAUUGUCUUUUGGGAAGAAAAAAACGAUUUCUUCCAAACAUGUAUACUUGCCUUGCUGGAUUUGUAGAGCCUGGGGAGACAAUUGAAAACGCUGUUCGAAGAGAAGUAGAGGAGGAGAGUGGAGUUAAAGUGGGUCAGGUUCGCUAUGUCUCUUGUCAGCCAUGGCCAAUGCCCUCCUCCUUAAUGAUUGGGUGCAUAGCGUCUGCAGUGUCUACAGAAAUUAAAGUUGACAACAUUGAAAUAGAAGAUGCCCAGUGGUUCAGUAGAGAACAGGUUGUGGAAUUUCUCAAUAAAAAGAACCAGAGCUCUUUUUUUGUGCCUCCACAUCAAGCCAUUGCCCACCAGCUGGUAAAGCACUGGAUUGGAACGAAUGCUAAUCUUUAAAUCCAAGAAGUUGACUUGCCAGUUUUAUAUCAAAGCUUUCAGUAGUUGUCAGUGUGUGGG